AUGGCGCGAGUGUUUGUAGGUAAUUUACCCGAGGACGUGCACGAGCGUGACCUGGUGGACAAGUUUGACCGUUUCGGCCGCAUUGCCAGUGUUCGGAUCAAGAUUCCGACGCGUCCUCCGCCAUUCGCUUUCAUUACCUAUGAAAACGAACAAGAUGCUAGUAAUGCUGUACGAUCGAUGAACAAUGCUACAUUUAGUGGUAAUCGUCUUCGUGUGGAAAUGUCUCGAGGUCUGGACGAUGCACGUCCUCGUGGAACUCAAUAUCGUGUCAAGAUUACAAGUUUACCGGAUACCAUGAGCUGGCAAGAUCUCAAGGAUUUUCUACGUGAAGGAGGAGAUGUUGUACAUAGUGAUGUUGAUCGUCGUGGCAAUGGAACCGCAUCUUUUGCAACUCAAGAGGAAUUACGUCGAGCUAUUCGAAAAUUGGAUGGUACCGAUUUGGAUGGAGGGCGUGUUCGAAUUCGAGAAAUGGAAACGGAUGGACGUUCCUUGUCGUCGUCACGCUCGAGAUCGAAAUCUCCUCCUCGUCGUUUAAGUCGUAGACGCUCACCGUCUCGUUCUCGUUCGCGAUCUCCACGUCGUCACGGUAGCAGCCGAAACAGUAGACGUGGCCGUGAUCGUUCGCGUUCGCGUUAA